AUGGUGGUGUGGAUUUGUAAUACUUUGGCUUCAAGUGCAAUGAUGGAUAGCAAUCUUGUGGGUCUUCGUAUUAAGGCACUCGAUGACGCUCGAAAACAAUUUCAGACUGCUCGAAAUGAAGGAUUUGCUUUCAUCGGUAUAGACUUAUUUCCGGCGCUAUAUUCGUGUCCUCAGUCCCUUCAUGAUGUCGACGAAAUGCUCCCGCUUGUCGGCUCAGAUUGUGUUGAUCCGAAAAAGGGUACGCUGCAAUUUGUACAAAAGUGUUUAGGUGACUCGAUCGGGGGAGGUAUUGUUGGAUUCACAUCUAAAUGGAUAGACUGUGACUCAAAAGAUACACUAGUUUCUCGCAUAUCUGAGUACUGUUUGAGGAAAGAACUUUCCUGGGCUGUGCAUUUGGCGCUUCCAGCCAUCGAAGUGCCCCUCCAACAUGUAAACAACAUAAAACUAGCACAAGUACUAACUGCAUUUAUUAAAUCUGAAAUAGCCUCUAUCAAGAUUUGGAUUUCCCUUCCGAUGUAUAUUGAAGGCGAUGAAGGACAGGAAGCGUCGUCGCCAUGGCACUGGUGGAGUCAGUUAGUGGGGCUGGCGGGUCCUGCGGCGUGUGAGUCACUUGGUCUUCUCCUCGAGGUGCCUGCCGACCUACCCAAGGAGGACGUUGUCAACCGCUGGCUCAGCGAGCCCGUCACCUGCCUCGCCCUCUCUACCCAGCUUUUUCUUACCAAUUCCAAAGGCUUUCCGAUUCUUUCUCACGCCCACCAACACGUUCUGCGGAAAUUCUUGAAGAUCAACGCUCAAGUGUUGAUUACAGGACCAAGUCACCAUGAGCGCGGUUUGUCCAUAUAUCGUCAGUAUAUAAACUGGAUUUGGAAGUGUACUGUUGAAGGAAAGUCGCUUUACGAAAAGUACUCACUAGGGUUUGAAGAUCAGCUUCAGGAGCCCCUUCAACCACUGCAGGACAACCUCUCCUCUGCAACUUAUGGUGUGUUUGAAAUGGAUCCAUACAAAUACAAGGCCUAUGAAGAAGCUAUCUACUUGGCUUUAUUACAUCGUUGUUCCUCCGGAAAGAUGAUUGAGUCUUAUCAAUCUCCUUUUACGGAGGUGGGUUUCAACGGCGAUCCCGGUGUAAAACAGAUUAUAUGCGUACUGGGUGCUGGUCAGGGUCCUUUUGUGGAUGCCAGUCUUCAAGCAAGCCGCCGUUCUUGUUGUCCAGUACGAAUCUACAUCAUUGAAAAAAACUCAAACGCUCUGCUGACACUGAGGCACCGCAUGCAGACAGAUUGGUCGGGCGAGGAUGUUCACCUUGUGCCUGGUGAUAUGCGCUGUUUGUCCGCCCCACCUCCGGAGAAGGUGGACAUAUUUGUUAGCGAGUUGUUGGGCUCCUUCGGAGACAACGAACUCAGCCCUGAAUGCCUCGAUGGCGCUCAACACUUACUCAAAGAUGAUGGUAUUAGUAUACCGGCCUCGUACACGUCCUACGUAGCGCCUCUUCAAUCCUUGCGAAUAUAUAUUGAGACUUCGCGAUGCAUGGACAACCCUAAGUGCCAGGAGCGUAUACAGAAGCACUCAGAAACGCCUUAUGUUAUUCGACUUUCGAAUUGUCAGAUACUGGCAGCGCCGGAAGAAGCUUUUACUUUCAAGCACCCUCGGAAAGAUAUCGACACCACUCCUAAUACCCGUUACUGUUGCCUAACGUUCGUGCCAAGAGAAGAUGGGGUAAUACACGGAUUUGCAGGAUACUUCGAAGCUGUGCUUUAUGACAAGAUCAUGUUAAGUAUUCAUCCACAGCGUCACAGCCCCAACAUGUUCUCGUGGUUUCCGAUGGUCUUCCCUCUGGUCUCCGCAGUACCCGUCAAGGCAGGUCAAAAGGUAGCAUUCCAUCUCUGGCGUUGCAUUUCUCCACGGCACGUAUGGUACGAAUGGGCCACAACCGAGCCGACGGUUUCCAAAAUCCACAACUCGGCCGGCUCCGCUUACAAAAUUGGACUGUGA